GGCCAGAGUGUGGACGACGCAGACCCCAUUACAUGCCCCACCUUGCUCAGGAACAAAGCUCUGCCCGGCUCGAUAGCCAAGAGGGCACCGUGCGUCCCCAGCACCCCCUGGACCCGAGUGGGCCCGGCCUGCCUGCGGGCACCGGGCGGGGGAGACGGCCCCGCCCAGCCGGUCCUUGCUGUCAGCCGCGCCGCGCCCUGCAGAUCCAGCCUGCCCGCCGGGCCGCCCGGAGCGCCGCCGAGCAGGUGUCCUGCGGGAGGCGUCCGCCAGGGCCGGGAGGCGCGCGAGCCUGUGUGCGCGUCUCGGGAUCCUGUCUUCCCCACGCCCUGCCCUGCGGGUUUCUCCUCUCCCUCCGGAUUCGGCUGCAGCUGCCUGAGCCAUGUCCACCCGAGUGGCCCAUCCUCAGGACCCUCACCACUCAUCAGAGAAACCUGCCAUUCACUGCCAUAAAUGUGGGGAGCCAUGCAAGGGCGAAGUACUCCGGGUCCAGACCAAGCAUUUCCAUAUCAAAUGUUUCACCUGCAAAGUGUGUGGCUGCGACCUGGCCCAAGGAGGCUUCUUCAUAAAGAACGGGGACUAUCUGUGCACCCUGGACUACCAGAGGAUGUACGGGACACGGUGCCAUGGUUGUGGGGAGUUCGUGGAGGGUGAGGUGGUCACUGCCCUGGGCAAGACCUACCAUCCCAACUGCUUUGCCUGCACUAUCUGCAAGCGCCCGUUUCCACCCGGAGACCGAGUCACAUUCAAUGGGAGAGACUGUCUCUGUCAGCUUUGCGCACAGCCGAUGUCUUCCAGCCCUAGAGAAGCCACCUGCUCAAGCAACUGCGCUGGCUGUGGACGGGAUAUUAAGAACGGGCAGGCACUGCUGGCCCUGGACAAGCAAUGGCAUUUGGGCUGCUUCAAGUGCAAGUCCUGCGGGAAGGUCCUUACUGGCGAGUACAUCAGCAAGGACGGCUCCCCGUACUGUGAAAAGGACUACCAGGGACUCUUUGGGGUGAAGUGUGAAGCCUGCCACCAGUUUAUCACAGGAAAAGUCCUAGAGGCAGGUGACAAACACUAUCACCCCAGCUGCGCACGAUGCAGCAGAUGCAACCAGAUGUUCACAGAAGGGGAAGAAAUGUAUCUUCAAGGUUCUACUGUGUGGCAUCCCGACUGUAAGCAGUCCACCAAGACAGAGGAGAAGCUGCGGCCCACCAGGACCUCCUCUGAAAGUAUUUAUUCUAGACCAGGCUCCAGCAUCCCUGGCUCACCAGGCCAUACUAUCUAUGCAAAAGUAGACAAUGAAAUACUGGAUUACAAGGAUUUAGCAGCCAUUCCCAAGGUCAAGGCAAUUUAUGAUAUUGAGCGUCCAGACCUCAUUACCUAUGAACCCUUCUACACUUCAGGCUAUGAGGACAAGCAGGAGAGACAGAGCCUUGGAGAGUCUCCAAGGACUUUGUCUCCUACUCCGUCGGCAGAAGGUUACCAGGAUGUUCGGGAUCGGAUGAUCCAGCGGUCCACCAGCCAGGGCUCCAUCAACUCCCCUGUCUACAGCCGGCACAGUUACACUCCAACUACGUCCCGCUCACCACAGCAUUUCCACCGCCCUGAGCUUUUGUCUCCUGGUGUGCACAGGUGGUCCCCCCUGCGCACCAGCAGCUUCAGCUCCACCCACAGCGACUCCCGUCCCAACCCCCCCUUCAGACACCACUUCCUCCCCUAUGUCAAAGGCAAUGAGCCGUCCAGCGGCCGGAGCUCCCCUCUCCCUUACCGGCCCGACAGCCGCCCUCUAACUCCAACUUACGCUCAGGCCCCUAAACAUUUCCAUGUUCCAGAUCAAGGGAUCAACAUUUACCGAAAACCUCCCAUCUACAAACAGCAUGAUGCAGCUGCCUUGGCAGCCCAGAGCAAGGCUUCAGAAGACAUCAUCAAGUUUUCCAAGUUCCCCGCAGCCCAGGCGCCAGAUCCCAGCGAGAUACCAAAGAUUGAGACGGACCACUGGCCUGGUCCCCCCUCUCUUGCUGCCGUAGGAACUGACAUGAGACGCAGAUCUAGUGGCAGAGAGGAAGAUGAGGAGGAACUCCUGAGACGCCGGCAGCUUCAAGAAGAGCAAUUGAUGAAGCUCAACUCAGGCCUGGGGCAGUUGAUACUGAAGGAGGAGAUGGAGAAGGAGAACAGAGAAAGAGCGUCCCUGCUGGCCAGUCGUUAUGACUCUCCCCUGCACUCAGCUGCACAUGGUCCAUCAUCAAAAACUUCGUCUCUCCCUGGUUAUGGCAAGAAUGGCCUUCACCGGCCGGUUUCCACAGACUUUGCUCAGUACAACAGCUAUGGAGACGUCAGUGGCGGAGUUCGAGACUACCAGACCCUUCCAGAUGGCCACAUGCCAGCCAUGAGAAUGGACCGAGGCGUGUCCAUGCCCAACAUGUUGGAACCAAAGAUAUUUCCAUAUGAAAUGCUCAUGGUGACCAACAGAGGGCGCAACAAAAUCCUAAGGGAUGUGGAUAGAACACGGCUGGAGCGUCACUUAGCCCCAGAAGUAUUUUGGGAAAUCUUUGGGAUGUCCAUACAGGAAUUUGACAAGUUACCUCUUUGGAGACGCAACGACAUGAAGAAAAAAGCUAAACUCUUCUAAGUCCCCUGAAUAAAUGACAACCAGGAAAUGACUCUCAGUGGCGGUGGUGCCUAGAACCUUGUAUUAAGGCCCAGAAUCACCAAUCAGAGAAUUUGUUCGCUACCAUCUCCCAGCAGCAACACUGAGGGAAAGUCUGACCUCAGCACCCAUGAGCCACAUCCUGGGCCAACAGUCACACUUGCCGAGCAGUGACGGGGUAGAGAUUUCUAAGUUCCCAAACUCAGCAGUAAUGUCCACACGUGACCUUGUCACGUGACUAUGUCCACAACAAGGGUCUUCUUUCUCCUUUUAUUUUCCCCUUUAACCAAUGUCUAACUUAGUGCUGCGUCUACCUGUAAGAGUCUGUAAGUGUCCUUAGGAAGCCACACAGGAAGAAAUGACUGGGAGUCCCAAAGUGUGAGUCUAUUUAUUACGUAGCGCUGUGGCUGAGGAGGAGUCCAGAGGCCCGCACUGAUGUGGUAGCAACAACUUGGCCUUCGUUGGCAGCCUCCCUCUGCUCUGCCUGGGCUCUGGGGGAACUAGAACUCCCUCAGGGAACCAGGUAGUUCUGAGUGCACGGCUGAGAACCAGCAAAAAUGAUUUGAAUAAGUCUCUCUUCCCUUCCUGUGUGCUAGGACCUGAUUGGCCAACUGCUGGGGGGGGGGGGGAUUAAGAGAAAAGGAAAAGGAAAAAGAGGUGAAGGAAGCCCGCCCUUUCUGAGCGUCUUUUCUGAUGUUGUGCUCAGCUUUCUCCCUAUACAUUGACAGGAGCUGGUGUGUUCACCUUUGCAAACAAAGGAAAGGCAAAUUGAGUUUCCAGGUUGGUCCAGCGGCUGCGGGGUGACUUGUGCCCAUGUUCCAUGUCUCUCUUAAAGAAGAAAAGUCUGUGCCCUCCUACGUGGUCACAAGUUCUCCCCUUAGCGUCCCCUGCUGUCUGUCUGUCUGUCUGUCUGUCAGCUGAUGGUCAGGUCAAGUCCUGGCGGGUACAGUGUUUUAAGGGCAUAGCCUAACUUUUCUCCUUCAGAUCUCUGCAACCCUGAUGUAGAUUGCUCCUGACGAUUUUGGGUGGCCUGGUUUAAGUUUCCUUCUUGCUGGCACAACUGACAUGUGCCUGUGUGUGACUCACCCAGGGAAGUUCUGAGAGUCUGUCUGUGAGUCUUUGUAACCUCUGCUUGAACGUUUCCCACACUGACCUGUGGCUCUGGAGAGGGCUUUGCACAAGAGCAUGUGACCCAGAGAUCAAGAGGGAGGCUGCCUCGGGAGGCUGCGUAGAGAGCAGCAUGCUCGUGAGCUGCAGACCACGGAAGCAAGGCCAGGGCAGUUCAGGGCUCCGCAUCUGUCUCCCCGGGACCCCUUCCACACUCUACAACUCUCAGUGCGAACUGGAACCCAGUUCUUUCAUUAAAAUGUGUGAACAAGGCCACGUCAUCGUAAGGACUGGUCUGAGUUGGAUUAUGACGAAUCCCUCCAGAUUCACAGGAAAGAGGUCAGGUCACAUUGAUUCUUCUGCUGUGGGGCUCUUCUCGGGAAUUUAAGCUCUGAGUUAAGGCCAAGGGAGAAAGCAUUUGAAUUCAUUCGCAAUCACCACUCAGCACAAAUGCAGAAAUUCCUUGGAGGAUUAGAGUGACUGGCUGUCUGCGGACACCAGCAGGAAAGAAUGAGCCACACAGAGCGGAGCCCUGCUACAGACCUGUGACUUGUGACCUGUUCCUGCGGGUUAUGCCACUACACUCUGGCAAGGCAGAUAAGUAUGAGAAUUUCUUCACAAGCCCGCAUGUGUAGACCUGUUAGUGCAGUUAGCAAGAGAGCCAUACGGGUCCAGCUCCUCCUGGUUGGGAGGCAGACUGCAAAUGGCAGGUUCCCAGGCAGGUCCCUCACUUCUUGCUGUGUUUUCACGAUGUCCUCUCCAGCACUGGUUGACUCAACAUGAGGCUUCUGUCACCUGGUUCUCACGUUGCCCUGGGAGUGUGCAGGAUGGAGAGUAGGGUGCCUCCAUGUUUCCCUGCCACGGAGAGCCAAGGUGGCCUGUUGGGAGAUGUUGUUUAUACAGUAUGGAGAGGACAAAUGGCCCAUUUGCACUGGUUAAGAUGUUACUACUCACAGUCAUGCAGGUGAGAAAAACCAAAGCAUUCAGGAGACAGGCAUAAGCAGAGAAGAUGCUAAUAUUUUGCACCUGCUCCCCAUAAAGUUAAUGUGGCUCUGUCUUGACAUAGGAAAAUUCAGCUGAAAGGGGCGUGUGUGUGUGUGUGUGUGUGUGUGUGUGUGUGUGUGCGCGCGCGCGCGCGCGCCCCAGCUUUCAGGUCAGAGACAGUCCUCCUCUCUAUGAUACAGAGAACUUUGAGUGAGUUAGAGGACCUGCCUAGGAUUGCAACGAUGACUGAAGAAUUGAUCUUAAAUUCUUGCAAUAACAAAAUCCUGCUUUCUUGACCAUUUGGACUCAGUUUCCCAUCUAAGUUGGGGGGAAAAAUUUGCAUUCCCUAUCAGCAUACUAGUUCAUUUACAUUGUGUCAUGUAAAAAUGUCUUGCUAGAAAAUGCCUGUAGGAACCCCGACCGCCCUAGGAGAGGAGUGCUGGAAAGUGUCAUAGUGGGGGUCUCACUCCGUCCCCUCGUAGAUUCUGACCAGACCUAAUGUGUGGGCUGUGGUGCCCUAUCUGUGGUAUUAAAGGGAUCCAUGUGAUUUACCUGGGCAUGCCCAGACCACAGCUCUGGAGGGGAGUGGUGUUCACUUUAUUCCAAUCCUGCUGAACAGAGGAAAUUUCCAGUUGCUAAAAAUCAAAGCCGCUUGUUCACUUGGGUGAGAAUUCUAUGUAUGGCAGACUUGGUGCGUAUGUACAUUAAGGGCUAUAUUUUUUAGCAUUUGACUUACUUGUGACUUGAAGUGUGUACAGAUUGCAUGGCCUAGAGGAGGCUUCUGUGGCCAUAUGGUAGCCUCAGUCAGCUUCCUUCAAAACUUCUCUAAGAGAGUCCAGACUCUCCUGUUGUCUUCCUGUACAACUUAUUCGAGAUAUGAAAAGCCUUUGAAAACAGCUAGCUCUGCAUUUUCAUACUGUGUGGAGUUUGUUAUGAAAUAUUUUUAAUACGACUCCUACAAUAACUAAACAUGAAACUGCCUGUUCUCUGAAACCCCAAAGAGAAAAGCUGCAGCUAGUGGGUACUAAGGUGCAAAAAACGUGGGGGGGGGAGAUAGUUUUCUAUCUGUCCUGUCCUCUGUACCCCCCAAGUCCUGAUUCUGUUGCCUCCAGCCUGAGCCUGCCCUCCCGAGGCACAGCCCCACCCUGUCAUUUCCGUCUGUCUACAGUCAGUCACCACCAGCAUGGAGAGGCUCAGCUGGUGAUGUUUCUAAAACAGACUUCUUUACUUUGAAGCAAACAUCUUUUUCUAAAGGUAGCUUCGCCAAUGACGCUGUCAGAUAGAUCUGCUUUUGCAAGUUUAAAAGAAUUCAAACUAUCCUCUUUUGAGUCUUUGUUAAAAAAGAAAAAAAAAAUCUCAAGCAAACCUAGAGUGGCACUCCAGGGCAUGUUGCGGAAGCUGGCAUGGCUCCAGGCUGUGUGCUCCAAGAACCCUGGCUCUGAAAAGAUGGCUGAUAACUGUUUCAUCUGUACUUUCUGUGCCCUCCUCAAUUCUGAGUUACAGUUUUCUUCUUUAGACAAACCAAGGCUUUGUAUGCUUCAAAUUCACUCUGUUGUGCCCCUCUGAAGAACUCUCUAUCCAGAAAAGGAUGGUCAGGGCUUUGGAUCGGCACCAGUUUGUCUCUCUCUGGAUGGCACUGUGCGGGGGAGGAACACCCACCUGUACUGGAACCGGAGAACAAGCAAGCCUGCAGCAUCUGAAGUUGCUGUUCCAUUUUUUCCUCGUGGAGCAGAGGGACACAGUGACAGUUAGAUUGCUUUCACUUGUGUGUGCUUAAUGUUGUAGCAAAUCCACAAAGAAGGGGACAAGUGGCUAUUCGAGGUGAAGCUUUCUAAGGAGUGAAUGUGUGCACAAUAAAGUUCAACAAGGCCAACUUUUCCCCCAGGAGCUUAAUGCAACUGAAUGGCAGUUAUUAUUAAAUAAAAUGCUUUUCUGUGUCUCUUCCGAGUGGCUGUCCCAUGAGUCACUUUUGGUGGGUGAAAGAUAGAAAGAGACAAGCCUAUAUGCAUUGACAUUCAGAAAGGUUAUGAUUACACAUGGAGAUAUUUUACCUGUGGAAGAGGAGACAGUUGCCCACAGAACUGAUGUUUUGGGGAGUUCUCUGUAUAGAUGUGUCUGGUGGUAAAUGUGGGGGUUUUCAUGAGAUGCCAAAGACUCUGCAUCGAAUCUCUUCUGAUUUGAUUAAUGGGAUUACUUUGACCUGCUGAAAGGCCUACCCACUCUUCCUUCCUCCCCUCCCCUCCCCUUGUGGUGAUAGGAAAGCAAAUGUUGAGUUUUUGAGAAGCUGUGCUGUGUUCCCUGUGGACUAGAGCUGGUGUGUCUCGAGCUGGUGUGUGCCAGCGCCCAAGCACCCGGUGCUCAGGUGCAGAGGAGAGCUUGGCCUGCAGCCCUGCCCCUGCACUCCUGGUGCAGACAGCACACACCACCCUCCUUCAUCACUGUACUCAACUCUGUGAAUAAAGCUAUGUGCUUCCUCCCUGA